UGUAAAACAAAGGCAGCAAGGGUUACUGGGUUUAUUUAUCACAUUCACAGUAUUAGAGAUGAUAGUACGAUGGCAUUAUUAAAUUUCCCAUAGUGUGUGUGUGCCCUGUAAUAGAUUGUCCAGGAUGUACCGUCCACCAUCCAGAAUGUACUCUGCCUAAUGCCCAAAGUCUUCUGGGAUAGGUUUCAGGCCCAGUGACUCUGUACACAGGAUAAGUUGUGUUUUUUCUGUUAAUACAUGCAUUUUAAAUAUGUAAUAUAUUUGCUUUAUGCUGCACAUAAGACAAAAAUGAAAAUUUGUGAAAUUAUUUUGCUAUAAAACCAAAUAUUUCAUAUGUAAAACAAAGGCAGCAAGGGUUACUGGGUUUAUUUGUCACAUUCACAGUAUUAGAGACGAUAGUACGAUGGCAUUAUUAAAUUUCCCAUAGUGUGUGUGUGUGUGUGUGUGUGCCCUGUAAUAGAUUGUCCAGGAUGUACCGUCCACAGUCCAGGAUGUACUCUGCCUAAUGCCAAAAGUCUUCUGGGAUAGGUUCCAGGCCCCGUGACUCUAUACACAGGAUAAGUAGUAUUAAAGUGCUGUGCAUUAUCUACAUUUCUGCUAUACUGAUUAAAUGGUCGAUAAGGAGAAAUCAGUGGAAGCAUGCCUUGGAGCAGUUUCCUGGACCCCCUGGUCACUGGCUUCUCGGACACUCUACACAGUUUCACCAAGAUGGAACCCAUAUGCAGAAGAUACCCACUUGGGGAGAAAAAUAUCCCUUUGCUUUCCCGUUACAGUUUAGCCCAGAUAAUAUCCAUCUUUUUGUCCAUCACCCAUCUUAUGUCAAGCCCAUUCUGGCAAGAACAGGACCAAAGAACGACUUUUCAUAUAGAUUUCUCAUCCCUUGGAUAGGACAAGGUUUACUUGUUAAUGAUGGGCAAAAAUGGUUUCGCCACAGACGGCUUCUCACACCUGGUUUCCAUUAUGAUAUCUUAAAGCCUUAUGUGAAGCUAAUGACAGAUUCAGCCAAUGUUAUGCUGGACAAGUGGGAAGUGUAUGCAAGAACAGGCCAGACCUUUGAACUUUUUCAGCAUGUUAGUCUGAUGACACUGGACAGCAUAAUGAAGUGUGCCUUUAGCUACCAAAGCAACUGCCAGACAGAGAGCAGAUCCAAUCCUUACAUAAAGGCAGUGUAUGAACUGUGUGACCUGGUCAAUCUACGGUUUCUUGCUUUUCCAUAUCAAAAUGACAUCAUCUUUCACCUGAGUCCACAUGGCUACAGAUACAGAAAAGCAUGCAGAAUUGCACACACCCAUACAGAUAAAGUAAUAAGUCAGAGAAAAGAAUUUUUAAAUAAGAAGAACCAGAAUGAUGGUGAGGAAAAGAGAUACUUAGACUUUCUGGAUAUUCUACUGUGUGCUCAGGAUGAGCAUCAGCAGGGCUUGUCAAAUGAAGACAUUCGAGCAGAGGUGGACACUUUUAUGUUUGAGGGACAUGACACUACUGCCAGUGGUAUCUCCUGGAUCUUCUACAGCUUGGCCUGCAAUCCUGAGCAUCAGCAUAAAUGCAGAGAGGAAAUCCAGCAAGUGCUGAUGGGAAAGGACACCAUAGAGUGGGAGGACCUCAGCAAAAUACCAUACACCACAAUGUGCAUUAAGGAAUCCCUGCGUAUGUACCCUCCUGUUCCAGGAAUGGGACGGAAGUUGUCCCAACCUAUUACUUUUUUUGAUGGAAGAACAGCUCCUGCAGGUCUGCUUAUUGCAAUCAGUAUUUAUGGAAUUCAUCACAACCCUGCAGUUUGGGAGAACCCAGAGGUUUUUAACCCACUGAGAUUUCUGCCAGAGAACAGUACUGAGAGAUCACCUCAUGCCUUUGUGCCCUUCUCAGCUGGACCAAGAAACUGCAUUGGUCAGAACUUCGCUAUGAAUGAGAUGAAGUUGGCCGUGGCUCUGACACUGAAGAAGUAUGUACUCAUCAAGGAUGCAGAUCAUACUCCAAAGAUGAUUCCUAGGCUAGUGCUCAGAUCUCUUAAUGGGAUCCACAUUAAGAUCAAAUUAGUGGAAGCUUGAGAAGCCAUACUAUAACAGAAAUGCUACAGUUUUAAUUGAGAGUCAUGAAUUUAUGAUUGAUUUACACAAGUAAAAUCCUAAAUUUAAGAUUGUUUAUGAAAAGGUUAAUUGUAAUAAUAAGCAAUAUCUAUUAGCUAAUAACUACUAAUUUUAUUACCUAAUAAGGAAUAUGCAUACAAAAAAUAUUAACCAUUUCCCACCUAUUUUUAAACUUUUCCUAAACCACCUGCAUUUCUGACUAAGUAAAUAAGGGGGAAAUAUAUGCAAGAGCUUUGAUUCAAUGUCAUCCUCAAUAUUUAAACCACAACUAAAAGCCAAAGAAGCUUUUGAAAUAGCUAAAGAAGGCUAGGUUAGCCAUUAGCAGUUAGGUGCUACCACCAAUGGCUUACCUAGCCUUCUCAGCUUAAGAACACUAGGUUAUAGCUGUUAUCUGCUACCAACAUCCAGAGAAGGGCAGAGCUAGGAAGUUCAACAGAGAUGGGCUGAGCUAAACAUUGAGUUGUGGAAGUGUCUUCUUUUAUAUGAGGACAUAAUUGGGGAAAUUUAAUUAGCUUUUUUUUAAUAACAAUGUUUUUCUUUCCCCAUUUGUUUGUUUACACAGACUGGGGGACGCAUGUGAAUGUCUAAAGAUUAUUUUACAUAAUAGGUCCCUCCUUAAAGCUUAGAACACACGGUUGUCUAUUGUAGUUAUCUAUUUUACAAUGUAUACUCUUUUUCUGAAAACACUUGUGUUUUGACUUAAGGUAUUAGUCUGGAUGUAGCUUGAUUAAAAACAUCCUUUUGAAAUGGAUAGUCAUUAAUAAAAUUCAUCCUGUUAUGAGAUGCAUGGCAUAAUUAUCUAUUUAGCAUAUGUUCUUUCAAUUAUUAGACAAUGUGGUACCAUUCUGGUUGUAAAGUGUGCAACAUAUUUUGGUUUAUGCUGCACAUCAGUAGAAUCAAGAACACAAGAUAAAAAUUAUUUUAAGGUUUA